ACCCCUAUCUGGGUGCAAGAUGCCAUCUUUUGGACUUGAACUGGUCGGCGUCACUAUGUCAGUGCUCGGCUGGGCGCUGGCUGUGGUCAGCUGCGCUUUGCCAAUGUGGAGGGUCUCCGCCUUCAUUGGCGCCAACAUCGUCACAGCUCAGGUGUACUGGGAGGGCCUGUGGAUGAGCUGUGUGUUCCAGAGCACAGGUCAGAUGCAGUGUAAGGUUUACGACUCCAUGCUCGCUUUACCUCAGGACCUGCAGGCCGCCAGGGCGCUCACCGUCGUCUCCAUCAUCGUGGGGUUGGUGGCUCUCUUCAUCGCUCUGGUGGGAGCAAAGUGCACCAACUGCAUCGAGGAUGACAGGGCCAAAGCCAGGGUGAUGAUCUCCUCGGGCGCUGCGUUCAUCACAGCAGCUCUGGCCCAGAUGGUGCCGGUUUCCUGGUCAGCACACACCAUCGUGCAAGAGUUUUACAGUCCAAUCAUCCCCAUUGGUCAGAAGAUGGAGAUCGGGGCGGCGCUGUAUUUGGGCUGGGCUGCCGCGGCUCUGCUACUGGUUGGAGGCUCCAUCCUCUGCUGCAGCUGCCCUCCACCGGAAGAGAAGCCAUUGAGGUACAACUUGCAACCCCAGAGUCGUGUAGCAUACUCCGCCGCACCGAGGUCAGUCGCUCAAAGCUCCUACAUCAAGAGGGACUACGUGUGAGGGAAGAGCAGAGGGACCAGGAAGAAUAACAUUACUAUUUUCACAUGUAUCCUGCUUAUGCGUACGUUUUCAUGCAAUGUGUACAGAAAUGUAGAUAAAUAAUAAUCAUGUUGGUUUAACUGGAGCCAAUUGUUCCAGAAAAUGGUAGAAACCAAGUGUUUUGUGUGUUUGUGGCUGUUUAGGAUCAUUAAUGUAUGUAAAUAUGAAGUCUGAUGGUCCUGUUUACAAUUAUCAUUGGUCUAAAGCAAGCAGGGAAGAAGAUCAAAUUUUAGAGGAUGUGACCAAAUAUGGUCUGUCAUAUAUAUUUAUUAUUUGUGCUUAUAACAUUUCCAUUGUGAAUGUUCCUCAUUGCGCUGAUUAGUGUGUACAUGUCAGGUAUCAUACGGUCAACUGUUGUAAAGCAAAGAGGGACACUGUUGUGACUGCUUUGACUGAACUGAGUUUUAAAUGGCUUUUUUUUCUGAGGGAACAAUAUUUUUCUUGCUAUGAUGACAUAAUACAGACACGAGUCACAGAUGUAAAAUGUUGUACAGCCGAGCAAAAUGGAGCUCACUGUGGGCUCCAAAACAAGGUCAACAUGGCGGAGUGGACUGUGAAAAGAAUGAAGGAAGUGGUACAUGAGCAAUGUUAGUUCCUUCAUCUCGAUCACAUUCCACUGCGCAUUAUGUGGCUGUGUUUUAUGACAUUUCUGACAUUUUCUACAUCUAUUUUAUAGAACGUGUCUUUGGUUGUAUUAACAUUGAAUGUGUUCGCUACAGAAUGGGUUUGAAAUUGGAGUUUUA